AUGGAACCAGGAAAUGAUUCACAAAUUUCAGAGUUUCUUCUUCUGGGAUUAUCUGAGGAACCAGAAAUGCAGCCCCUCCUAUUUGGGCUUUUCCUCUCCAUGUACCUGAUCACUAUCUUUGGAAACCUGCUCAUAAUCCUGGCUGUCAGGUCAGACCCUCACCUCCACACCCCGAUGUACUUCUUCCUUGCCAACCUGUCCUUUGUAGACAUCUGUUUCACCUCCACCACCGUCCCCAAGAUGCUCCUGAACAUUCAGACUCAGAUUAAAGUCAUCACCUAUGAAGGCUGCAUCACUCAGAUAUACUUUUUCCUCCUCUUCACUGCACUGGAUGACUUUCUCCUGGCUGUGAUGGCCUAUGACCGCCUCGUGGCCAUCUGUCACCCCCUGCACUACAGGGUCAUCAUGAAACCUACCUGCUGUGCACUGCUGGUUCUGAUGUCCUGGAUGAUAAGUGCUCUGAAUUCCUUAUUACAAAGCUUAAUGGUAUUGUGGCUGUCCUUCUGUUCAGAGGUGGAAAUCUCCCACUUCUUUUGUGAACUCAAUCAAGUGGUCCAACUUGCCUGUUCUGACACCUUUCUUAAUGACCUGGUGAUGUAUUUUGCAGCUGUUUUGCUGGCUGGUGGUCCCCUCACUGGGAUACUUUACUCUUACUCUAAGAUAGUCUCCUCCAUACAGAGAAUCUCAUCUGCUCAGGGCAAGUAUAAAGCAUUUUCCACCUGUGCAUCUCACCUCUUGGUUGUCUCUUUAUUUUAUUGUACACUCAUAGGAGUGUACCUUAGCUCUGCUGCUACCCAGAGCUCUCACUCAAGUGCAGUGGCCUCAGUGAUAUACACGGUGGUCACGCCCAUGUUGAACCCCUUCAUCUACAGCCUGAGGAACAAAGACAUAAAGAGGGCUCUGAAAAGAAUCAUUGGAGUUCCAGUGAUGUAA